UCUGUCUUGCCUUGUGUCAUUGCUUUCAAGCGUCUGUUACCUCAACCUGAACCUUUGUGGGGAAGCUGUGUCUGGUCCCGCCUACAUAAAGUCGGGCUGCUGAUCUCCAUUUCGUAACGGACACUCACACAGACAAACAGACAGACAGGACCGAGACACCGGACGAGCCGCUCCUGCUACUUGUCUUUCUCUGCCGGCCAGCAGUUGUUCAUUUCCCGCUGUGAGAAUGAGUGUGGCGGUGGCGGAGGGCUGCUUUCUGUCAGCCCUGCAGCCCAACUCCUCCUGCACCGCUUAUGUGAUUCCCUCGGACGGCCCGUCUACGGACCCGGUGGCUAGAGCCAGGAGGGUCCGAGAGCAGGUCCGGAUGCGGCUGGCUGAGAAGAAGUCCUCCUCCAUGCCCAGACUGGACGACUCGCUGACCGGAUCAACAGACUACAGCUUUCCUGAGGCAAAGAGCUUUACCCACAGCCGUGGUUUCAGCUCCAGGUCCAUGAUACACACACCCAGCCGGGUCCUGGCUGUACCCACAGUACCCCUGCACUCCUCUGGUUUCUCCUCUCGCUCUGCUGCGGACACCACUUCCAAGGUGAGGAGUAAGGCAACCACCAUGGUCCAGAGCAACUUCCAGACCUCCCAGUCACACAGCCGAAGCCAACGCUCUAAGUCUCUGUGCCAGGCAGACCAGGAGGCAUUUCCUCUCACUGUGUUGCCUCAUCCAGAAAAGGCCUCCUUCACAAUCAGUGUGCCUCCCCCCGGCACCCUAAGGCGCAGCCUCAGCGGGACCCUGGCCCAAGAAAGAGGCUACUGGCAGGAGGAGGAGCUGCCACAUCAGUAUACCUACAAAGGCCCGUCCCACCGCACCAUCAGUCGCAUUACCAACCGACAGCAGCACUACCAGCAGUUGGGCUCUGCCGGGGGCCAGGAGGGCUGGGUGGGGACCGGCAGGGGUGUGCCCAUGGCAGGGGACACCUGGGGGACACAGUGGCAGCAGCAUGUGUCCAGGGCCAGCCAUGUCAUGGGGACAGGGCAGUACCAGGCCCCAGUCCACCGGGCCGCCUCGCUCCACAGUGUGAGGAGUGUCGGGAAGGGCAUGGAUAUCUUGGACGGAGCAUCGAUACACAGCAACGACCCACUGGCAGAGGUGCAGGGUCUGGACAUGGCUACAGCUGUCAGAUAUCUGUCUGAGUCAGAUACUGCCUUGCAAGUUCUGGGAGCUGCUUACAUACAACACCAGUGUUACCAUAGCAGCAAUGCCAAAAACCAGGUCCGUUCUCUGCAUGGCAUUCCAGCUCUGGUUCAGCUUUUUUCCAGUGACAGCCUAGAAGUGCAGCGCUUUGCCACUGGCGCCACGCGGAACCUCAUCUACGAAAACGCUGACAACAAGGCAGCGUUGGUAGAUGCCGGUGGAGUGCUGCGUCUCGUUAACAUCCUGGGCGAACCUGAUGAGGAGCUUCGAAAGACCAUCACAGGUGUCCUGUGGAAUCUGUCCUCCAGAGACAACCUGAAGGAAAAGCUGUCCAAAGAAGCUUUAUCAGAGCUGACAGAGAAAGUACUGAUUCCUCUGUGCGCCAGCAUCCCACUAAGCCCAUCGGAGAGAGACAUCUUCUACAACACCACGGGCUGCCUCAGGAACUUGAGCUCGACGAAUGAGAGGACGAGACAGAAGAUGAGAGAUAUGCGAGGCCUGGUGGACUCUCUGGUGUCCUACAUUCAACAAGAAGACCGUGCAGACGAUAAGGGUUUGGAGAAUUCAUUGUGUGUGAUGAGGAAUCUGUCCUACCAGCUGUACACUGAGCUUCCUCACUCAGUCCGACUCCGUCUGGAGGGCCCAACGAGGGCCUCGGCCCAAAGGAACAGUGACGCCAUCGGCUGCUUUACUCUGUACAACAAAAAGAACAAUGACCAUAACCAGAAUAUGUCCAUACUGUCUGAGGUGUCCCGACAGCCUAAUGGGGCUGAGUGGCUGUGGCACCCUAAGGUGGUGGGGCUAUACAGGCUUGUACUGCAGAACAGUGACAGCAACUCCACCAGCCGCGAGGCCACCAUAGGAGCCCUGCAAAAUAUCACUGCUGGGGAGGCCAGGUGGUCAUCAGUGCUGACUGGUGUGGUAGUGGAGCAGGAGAGGAUGCUGCCCAUUCUGCUGGACCUGUUAGACACCGAGAAUGACAUGGAGCUGAGGCCGCUGACCGGCCUGCUGAGAAACCUGGCUAGACACUGCACCAACAAAGACCACAUGGCUAAGAACAUGGUGAGAGUUCUGGUGUCCAAGCUGCCCAGUGACGGCCUUCAGAAAACGCCAUCCAGCGAGGUGGUGGUCAACAUCUGCGGAGCUCUCAAUAACCUGGUCACCUGCAGUUCCUUGGCAGCCCGCGACAUCUCGUACUUCGAUGGCCUGCCGAAACUGGUGGGCAUCAAGACAUCCCAUGACAACAGCUGUGGGAGUCUAAAAGCUGCCAGAGCGGCCUCAACUGUCCUCUGCAACAUGUUCCAGUACAACAAACUGCACAAAGACUACAAACUGAAAGGAUUUGCCAGACGAGACUUCACAGACGCAACCAUCUAGGCAUGAUUCAGUCUGAGCUUUUGACUUCCUGGGGAAAAGAAGAGGAACAACAGGAGGAAUUAAAGAGCAGAUUAUCUAACUGAUGGACCCACAGGAAGGGGAAAAAAAGGACUGGAGCCAAUGGAACGAUGGACUUAAAGUUUGUCCUCUAUCGGGCAGUUGUGUGUUUAACUUGGCUUAGCUUGCAGCAGAUGACAGGAACCUAAUCUUGUCCACACACAGUGGACUUCACCCCCAAAAUGACCACAUGUUCUGUGUGUAUUAGGGUUUGUGACUGAUUGACACUGAUUCCAGUUAGUUUGGACUGAUGUUGCUGACAGCUGAUAAUAUGAUGCCCACAUUAGAUAGAUGGCUAGAUUGGCCAGUAUCGGGCCAGUGACAGAUAUACAAAGUGAACAACAAAACAGUCACUCUGAGCUGUAGACUACCCCGCCUGCUUGCAUCCCGAUGGUGUGAUCAUCACGUUCACAUCCUGACAGCAUUCAGUCAGUGUAUGGAGAAGAAAUGGACAGGUGAAAGAGAGAAGAUAGAGCUGAGAGGGAGCGCAUUAAGAGGGGAAGAGCCAUGCAAGAAAGUGCAGUUAAAGGCUGCAGAACGACUACAUUGCAUACUAGCAGCCCCAUAAUAUCACAACCACCCUUCCCGAGUUGGUUGGUUGGUUGAUUGAUUGAUUGAUUGAUUGAUUGAUUGAUUGAUUGAUUGAUUGAUUGAUUUAAAAAACAAAUAAAUGGCACCAAACAUUAUAGUGCCCUGUAGGAAAGCAGGUGAUGUCUUUGAAUGACAAUAGCGUAGAAAAUAAAGAGCUGUAUUCUCUUCUGUCAGGUGGAAGUAGCUCUACUUACUCACAGCUACCAGAGCUUCACGAUGAUCAACAGUCCAAUCAGAGCUCUGAGGAACUGCCCAGUGCCUCACAGACACCCUAAAAAUGAUAUAUAUGAAUACUUGUGCCUGUAGCCUUCAUUAUAGAAGUGACUAACUCUUGAAACUGAAGGCACUUUUUGUUUUUUGUUUUUGGAAGCUGUUUCUGUGUUUAGUAAUGAAACUAAAAGAUGUGUUGGUGGCACAGACAGUUACAGUUUGCGUGUUCUGUCGUGAAUGUGUGCUCUGGGCUGGAGGUUAUUAUCCCAGUCCAGUCCUGACGUUGGUGCUGACCCGAUCCAAACUUUAUCCUGCAAAACUAAUGAGUGAUUGAGUGAAUGGUACAACAGUCACUGUAGUGUAGCACUAAACUAAGGGGAUGAACAUAGUCUAACUUUAUCUGCUAAAUAUCAGCAUGUUAGCAUUGUCAUUGUGAGCAUUCUGAUGUCAGCAUUUACCUCAAAGCACCUCUGUGCAGUACAGCCUCACACAGUAGCUCUUGUGGUUGUCCGCAGUCUUGUUAACUAGGGAUGUAACUCACUAUUUAAUACAGUUCACAAUACUGAUUCAUUUAUUUCUCUUACAAAAAUCUACAAAAUAUAUUCUCUUAAUCAGAUCAUAGAAUCAUUUUUUAUUCCUGCGGUAGGGUAUAAACUGUGCAAAACAAUGUAUAUUUCCUUCUCUUUGUUAAAGUGAAACUGCCUCGAUACAGCUACUGCACGAGUGACGUAGGACAUCGAACAAGCAAAGUCAAAAUUCAAGUCAACAGUCACGUUUUUUUGUGAUCAAAUGUUUAUUGCCAUGAAUUUAAAGCUUUACAACCAAAAGCUUGUUUUGAGAUUGACAACACUGAAGAAACAACACUAUUCAAAUAUACAAAAUGCAGAAUAAUAAAAAGAAACAAAUAUAACCUCGGAACAACCAAAACAAAAGCACCAUCCCUCCCUCCUCCUUGGACGAAUCUUCUAUUUGCAUUGCGAUUUUACUGUUGUAAUAUAUCUUUACACUACUAGUUAACAACAUACUAAUUCAAUUUAGUGUUUUUAUUUCAGACGUUAACCAUCAAGGAAGGGAAAUAUGUAGAAUAAAAUUAUGAAGCAGUUAGUAGCAGCUCCAGACUGACUCCAGAUGUUUGUAUUAAGACAUAUACACAUGUAGUCCGCUUGGUACAAUAACGUGUCUGAUAUGUUUUUUCCACAUUAAACUUCCAGAAUCUCUGAAUAUGCAAA